AUGACUAUGGACAAGUCUGCAAUGGCCGAUCUCCGAACACCAAACUUGCGCCUCACGAUCUCCACCUUGGAAACGUUUCAAGGCCGUGAGGUUGACGUCGCAAUCCUGGCCACAAUCAAAGCACAAGAUUACCCUACUUCUAACUUUGCUUUCCAAACCAAUCGAGUUAACCACGGCUUUCAUCCGAGGCCGUCAGCUUCUGGUAAUCAUCGGCGACCAUCAGACAAUCUACAACAAUAG